AUUUUUUGCUGAGUGCGUACACCGCACACCGCAGUAUAGUGAUUAUUCAGAUUAUUCGCGUAAACAGCUAUAAGUGAAAUUACGAUAAAAGAUUUAUAAAAUAAAUACAAUUUUUUAUUUAACAGUGUUGUCAAUAUUUUGAUUGAUAUUUUAAUUAGAUUUUCGAUAUAAAAUAGAUUGUUUAUUUUUUUUUUUUACAAAAUUAAUUUUAUGGAAUAAUAAACUUGAUAAUAUAAACAUCAUAUUUAAUUAUAUUAAAUUUGAAAUUAAUCGAAAAUAAAACAAAUUUUAGAAAAAUAAAUUAGAAAAAAUGAAGUAUCGUAUAUUUUUCAUAACGACGAUUCUGUCAAUACUGAAUGUUCCAUCACUGAUUGCAUUAGACGUUAAUAAUCAUGAGUUAUUAUAUCGGAUUAAUGAUGUAAACCAACAACAAUAUCAUGCUUCAAAUUUUCGAACAAGCGAAUACCGUUAUGGUUAUGAUAUUGGUGAAACUGGAAAUUUUCAUCAUGAAACCCGUGGUCCAGACGGUGUUACAUACGGUUGUCAUGGUCAUAUUGAUCCAAAUAAUAAAUUAGUUGUAACACAUUAUGUAGCAGAUUCACAUGGUUUUCGAACAAUAACAUCACAACAACCAGUUGAAGUUUUCCCACCAUCUGGUGAUACAUCAUUGCAAACACUUGAAGAAAGGGCACAGCAACGUGGCGAGCUUAGAGAAUGGAAAGAUUUAACAGAAACUUACUUUCCAAUUGGAUGUGGUAAUUAUGAAGGUGGCGUUCGACCAGAUAUACCUGUAAUUAAAACUGCAAGCGGUGGAUUUGAAAAUCAAUUUAAUGUCGGACCAGUAAGUGGUUCAGGUCAAUUAAUUGUUGGCGGAGCUUUUAAACCUGGAAGCGGCUCAGGUACCGGUCAAAGAAUAUCUGGUGGUUUCGGUGGAAGUAUCUCGGGUGGAGGUGGAGGCGGAGGUGGCAAAUUCAAUGCACAUGGUUCAAGUAAUUUAGGUGGUGCGAAUGGACCUGAUGGACCAAAUGGACCCGGUGGGCCUAAUGGACCUGGUGGACCAAAUGGACCAGGUGGACCGAAUGGGCCAAGCGGACCGAAUGGACCUGGAGGCCCUCCUGGUCCUAGAGGACCUGGAGGUCCUGUUGGGCAUGGUUUAGGCUCUCCAACUAACGCCGUAGGAAAUCGAGUAAGACCAGGAAGUGGAGAUGGAGCCGGAGGUGGAGAUAGAGGUGGAAAAUAUCAGCCCGGAAGUGGAGGUGGAGUUGGUGCAGGUGGAGCCUAUAAACCAGGUUCAGGAGGUGGUGUAGGAGGUGGUGGAAGAUAUGUUCCUGGAUCAGGCGGAGGAGUUGGAGGUGGUGCAGGUAGUGGUCCUUAUAGAACUGGAUCUAGAGGUGGCAGCGGAUAUAACGGAGAUAAUGGUGGCCAAUAUGUACCCGAUAAUGCAGGAAAUUAUGUCCAUAUUGAUAAUCCUUACGAUCACACAGAAGGACCAGAUGGAGCCAAUGGCCCUGGAGCGGAUCCUUAUGCUCACGUAGGUGGACCAGGGGGCCCUAGUGGCGGUUAUGGAGGAGGUGGUGGAUUUGGAGGUGUCGGCUCGGGAGGUGGUUUCGGACCAGGAGGACCAGGAGGCCCAGGUGGACCAGGAGGUCCUGGAGGACCAGGAGGACCUCCCGGACCUCCAGGACCAGGGGGACCUAAAGGCCCAGGAGGCCCGCCAGGACCACCAGGCCCGCCAGGACCGCCAGGAAAUUUCCCAGGAUUUCCACCGAGUGUCCCGAGUCCUGGAACACCAGGCAAUAGGGGACCACCAGGACCUCAAUCACCAGGAACGCCCGGAAAUAGAGGUCCACCAGGGCCACCAGCCCCAGGAACACCAGGAAACAGAGGACCACCAUCAUUAGGACAACCAGGAAAACCUGGAACACCAGGAUCUGGUUCCCCUGGAACACCUGGAUUAGGUGCACCUGGUGCACCGGGUAGUGGCGGAAGACCAGCACCAGGGGCUCCGGGUGCGCCUGGAGCACCAGGAGCUCCAGGUACGCCUGGAACACCAGGAUCUCCAGGAAAUCCUCCCAUUUACGGAAGUAAUUUAAAUCCACCAAUAUUCCCCGAAACCUUAUCAAACCGACAAACAGAAGGCUAUUUGCCGCCAUAUCCUUCUAAAAACUCCUAUCCAGACAGACCAGACCAAUUAGGUAUUCCAUCCCCUGGUUAUUAUCCUAUUCCUGAACCACCUUUUAAUUCUAAUCUUCCUAAGCCAGGUACACCAGGCACAACAAUAGGUAUACAACCGUCUAAUAAUAAUAAUCGUCCCAAUUAUCCUUCACCAAUAUCAUCAUUAUCUUCACCAUCAGAAGUUAGCCAAUCUCAUAAUAUUCCAAGUAAUUGUAAAGAUUCAAAUCAAUGCAAUUAUGGUCCACAAAUUUCAUCACAGCAACAUCAACAAAGUUCCCGUCCAAAUCCAGGAAUUUCAAUUAAUGUCGAGCAUCAGUCAACUGGGCCAACUUUCAAACCUGUAUCAAUUGGUUCUACUUCAGCAACUAUACCAACCGGUGGCAACUCUGGUAUUAAUGUCGACUUAUCACAUAAAAAUCCAAAUUUAAACCCGGAUUCCGAAAGCAAUAUAAAUAUUCCAUCUUUAAGUCAAACAAGUGCUAGUCAAUUUCCUAAUACACAAAUCAAUAUUAAUGGAAAACCUCAACAACCGACACUAAAACCACAACCAGUUACAAUACCGCAACCAUUACCAAAACCGCAACCUACUCCAAGACCACAACCUACUCCAAGACCACAACCUACUCCAAGACCACAAACACCUCAGCAGACUCAACAACAAACUUCUACCGGCGUUAAUAUUGGUCUAACACCAUCUCAAAAACCAUCAUUCCCUGCUCCACAAGUACCAUCAAUCCCUACAUCCCAAAUUCAUACCCAAAUUCCUAAUAAUUGUCCUUGUGCACAUCAGCAAGCAUCAUCUCCUGCAUUUUCUUCUUCAACAACCGAUUUUAGUGCAGGUAGUGGAAUUUUCAAUUCUGGCGGUAGUAUAAAUGGAGGUAAUUUAAAUUUUAAUGGCCAAAUUUUAGGACAAAGUAUAUUUUCAACAAUGUUACCAUCAAAUAAUCAACAAAUACCAGUAUUUCCACCAAAAGAUGGCCAUCAAGCAAGUUAUUCAGUCAAUAAUUUACCACCAGGUGCUGUUAUUGCUUUUAUGCCAGUCAUAUUCUUCCCUUAUAGUUCAGAUUGUAAUAUUAAUGGUACAAACAAUGCUGAACAACCACAAGCAACAGCACAAUUUUCAUCAGAAUAUUUACAAAAAUUGAAUUUAUUACCAGUUAUACCAGCACCUGGAGUUCCAGUUAAACAAAGUGGUUCAAGACAAUGUCAAUGUCCAUGUCCAUGUAGUCAAUUCGAAGGAAAAACUUUUAUUAAUGGUGCUGAAUCUAGUUAUGAUUUAUUACCAGAUUCAAAUCGUAGACCAAGAAGUCCUGAAGAGGAAAAUACGAAUAAUGAUAGUAAUAGCAGCAUUAGUGAUAACUCUUCCGAGGAAGUAAAAGUAAAUAAAAGUGAAAAUGAAAAGAAAAUAAAUGAUGAGGAAGAUAAAAUCGAAGUUACAACUGAAAAAAUUGAAAGUAUUGAAAAAUUAUCAGAAGUUAUAGGAUUAACAACAGAAAAACCAGAAUAGUUUUUAAUAUAAAGAAAAUGAAUGAUAUUUGAAAAAAUAUUAUUUUGAUUUAUUUAUAAAUGUAAUGUAGUUUUAUGUUUAAUAUUAUUUAAAAUUAAAUUUUGAUUUACAUUCUUUUUUUACCUUUAAAACAGGCUCCAAUUUUUGAAUGUCUAAUAAUGUAUGUAGGCAAAAAUUAUUAAAGAAUAUUAGGUUUGUUCAAUAGUUCUACUGUGGUAUUUGUUUUAAAAACAUUUGAUGAUUAAUUGUCAUUUAUUGUAACCGUUAAAAAGUAUUGCCAUUUAUUUACAAAAUUUAUAAUUAAAGAAUGUAAUUCAAUUUUAAAAAUAAAUAAUUAAUUUCUUCCUCAUUUUUUUCUACUAAUCAUUUUGCAUAUAAAAUUAGAAAUUAACUCAUAGUUUAUUUAUUAUACGACAUGGAAAAUAGAUAUUUUACAUUACAAAAAAAAAAAACGAUAAACUUUGACAUUAAAUAAUUGUGAUUGAAUUCAUCUCGUAUACGUUAUUUUAUGUAAAAAAAAAAAAAAUUAAAAAAAUUAAAAAAAAAAGAGAAGAAACUUUUGUAAGAAAUUGAUUGAAAUUAAUUUUUAGGCUAAAAUGGCAGGAACAAAAUAGAAUCAAAAGAAAUCAUUGCAUUUUUUUUUUGAGAAAGUGUGUAGACACUAUUAUGAAUUCAUUAAAUUAAUUUGAGGUUAUAUGAUGCUUGAAGCACUACAAUAAAUACAUGAUAAAAGUACAACACAAAAACUACAAAUCGUAACGUUUGAUUUGUUCUAAUACUCACCAAAAUUUUGCUAAUUUAGUAUUUGCCUGCAUGCAUGACAAAUACUUAUUUGAGCGAUUAAUGACACAAAGCUUAUUUAUUUAAUAUUUCAAAUGUCAU